CGCCACCAGGGGGCGAUGUGGGGGCGGCGGCUCCGCCCCGCGCCCUCCGCUCCCUGACCCGGCCCCGCGCGGAGCGGAAGGGGCGGCGGGGACAUGGCCAAGUACCUGGCGCAGAUCAUCCUGGUGGGGGCCCAGGUGGUCGGACGGGCCUUCAUGCGGGCGCUGCGCCAGGAGUUCGCAGCGAGCCGAGCUGCAGCAGACGCGCGAGGGCGCUCGGAGAGGCCCCAGUCCGCUGCUGCCUCCAGGAUCAUCGGCAUCAGCCUGCAGGAAGCUCAGCAGAUCCUCAACGUUUCCAACCUCAACCAGGAGGAGAUCCAGAAGAACUAUGACCACUUAUUCAAGGUGAACGACAAGUCUGUGGGAGGCUCCUUCUACCUGCAGUCCAAGGUGGUGAGAGCCAAGGAGCGGCUGGACGAGGAGCUCCGCAUCCGGGCCAACGACGAGAAGGAGAAGGGCUGGAAAGCAGAGACGUGACUCCUGCCACCCGUGUCCCUGCUUCCCUCUCCCUUAAGUUAAAGGUAGCCAAUAAACGCCGUGUCCUCCA